UCAUGUCUAAAUUCAGAGUUUUCAAACUUUUCAAAUUCAAAUUAUUGAAUCUCGUUUUCUUUUUUAUUAUUCCUUUAUCACUUUAUUGCGUGAUUUAUGCACACGAAUAUUUCAAACAAGUGACCCGACUCCGAAUGGCUACAGUUGAUUUACAUUUGCCACUUACAAAUUCCGCUCAAAGAAAAAAUCAGAAACUGAAUAUAGACGAUAUUGGGCCAAUUCUUCAAGAAAGGAAAAGACGAUUACAUUCGUAUUGUAGUGGAAAAGAACUCGAGAAAGUCGGCAACAACGAUGAUGAAGUGCUUAAAAAACAUUUUUACCAUGAUAUUAAACAUAAUUUCUUGUAUUGUUCUGUAGAAAAGAUCGGUUCAACAUUUUGGAAAAGAUUACUUCAGAUUAUUUCGGGACACUCAAAAAAGUCAAGUCCUUUCGAAAUAGUAAACGAAUUUGACGAUAAUGCACCAACUUUCAAAGAUGCGUCUUUUGACUAUAUUCAUGCGGUUCUACAAGAUUCUUUAAAGUUUGUCAUCGCCCGGGAUCCAUAUUCGCGGCUUUUCUCGGCUUUUGCUAAUAAGUUUUUUCUAGUUAAUUCCCGCUUUCGAAAGGUUGUUGGGACAAGGAUUAUUCGCACUAUUCGAGUAAAUGCAAGUAAAAAAGCUCUGAAAUGUGGCCAUGACAUAACAUUUCCUGAAAUUGUCAAGUAUCUUAUUGUAUCAGAGAAGAACAAUUGGGGAAGAGAUGGUCAUUUUACUCCACUUUCUGAUCACUGUCGGCCAUGUCAAAUUAAAUACGAUAUAAUUGCUAAAAUAGAGUCUUUCAAAAAAGAUACGUUAUUUGUAUUGGGCAAAUUAAACAUGACCCACAUUCCAUAUUUAAUGGAGGAUAUGAAAAAUCUAGAAGAAAGUUCAGAGAUGGAUUCUAUAGCUAUUGUGUCACGCCACUUGAUAGAGAAUAUAUUAGAGUUUCGAAAUUGUGUUUCUAAAGCGGAGGGAUUUCGUCGCGCUUGGCGCAAUUUUCAGUUCACAGGUGUAAUAUCUAAAGACAUCCGAUAUCCCUUAACCACCGAAGAAGAAAAAACAGUUACGAAUAAAGAAUUAAGGAACAUGUUUGAAAGGGCGUUUAGAGCAUCGGGACCAAGAGAUUUGCGUUCAAAGAAUCGUCAGUUAGUUUUAGAAGAAGCUUAUAGCCAAGUUCCUUUACCGGAUUUACUGGCAUUAAGUGGUCUGUUUAAGACUGAUUGUGGUGCCUUUGGAUAUGAUUGUAAACCGGAUUAUAUUUUCGAAAGAAGAGGAAAUCCAAAGUCGAACUUACUAGAUGUUUGGAGUGCCUAAUUAUUUUAUACUUGUUAAAAAUAAAAAAAAUGUUGAUUCGUGUGAAUGCAUAAGGGGUUGAAGACAGAUACACCCUGUAGAGUGCUACAUGGAAAUUCUGCCUAUUCUGAUUUCAAAUUCAAACUGUCAAGAGUUCUUUAACGUGCAUGUCAGCGUGUACAGGGGACCUCUAGGCACUGCUCCCGUACCACUGACAACAGGAAAUCGCCCUGGAAUCCCCCUUGUCAGUGAUGUGGGUCGUAGGGUAUGACAAUGACAGCUGUCUAGUCGUUCGGGUGGUACGAAAAACUAAGGUCUUGUCGUGCACGUAAAGAUCCCUUGGCAGUUGGAAUUCGAUAUAAGAGUAGGCCAUAGUGCCGCUGCCUGGGCAAAAUUUCCCUCUUAGCACACUGAAUGGUGUAUGCCCGUCUUCAUUAGCCCAGUAGGACGUUAAACCCCAUUUCAUUUCAUUUAUCAGCCUGGAUAUUGCCAGCGCCUUACUCGCUGGGCUACCGAAGCUCCAAUUAUACGAUAGGUCUAGACUGGAUCCUACAAUAAACACCGCUACCGUUAAUUUGAACUGAUUGUGGCAUCAUAUUUGAAUAUAAACACCAUGUAGCAUUACGUACAGUUUAAUUCAUAACAACUAGAUUAUUAGUUAGUGUUAAAACUCAUAUGGGAUUCUGGAAACGUGCCAGAUAACAGGAAAAUGGCAUUUAAUGUUAACACAUAUAGCAAUUUAUGUAACGAUAACGAGAGGCUUUUUAUUUGGUG